AUUUCAAUUCUGAUAUCACGAUUAGGAAAUGUUACAAAAAGCUUAAUUAUUUUUAUCUGAUCAUAUCUUUAAAGAUUACCUUGUAAUAAAAACAUAUUUUACAAUGUAACAGCACACGAUUAGAAAAAGUCCCGAAAGAUCUAAACAGGUCCCCUAUCAAUUAUCCCCUUGUUGAUCCUGAUCUUAUCUGAUGAAAACGUUUGAAGUUUUAAGGGUCAAAUAUCAAUUAUCACACAAAAUGCUGACCCCUAGGGCUCAAUUAGUCAUUACGUCGUAAAACUCGGACUGACGUUCCAUCAAUAAAGCACCUCAGCAGCCACCUUAAAUAUAAAGCAGCAUUUAUUUCUUGUCAAAACUGAUCGACUUGUAAUUAUUUAAAUAACGACACUUAAAAAAACUGAAGCAGUUAUGAAAUGAGCGCGCAUGUGAGUGGAAUAGUAUUCGGAUACUAAUCAUAUCAUUAUUUUUCGGAUAUCUUUAAAACACAGUUGAUAUGGCCGAUGUUCUACAUCUAAAAGACAAGGGAAUUCCGCUGAAAGUAGACGGUUCCAUACGAUACGUAAAAGGGGCGACAAAGUACACAACAUGCGCUGACGUCAUCAAAAUGGUUCUGAAGAAAACCGGGAUCAAAAAGGAGUACAGGCAUCUUUUUGCCAUAUAUGAAGUUUCACUUAAUACAGAAAAGCCUCUGCCUUGUAAAAGCAGGAUUGUUAAAGUGAUACAAGCAUGGAGAGGGGAGCCGAACAGGUUAGUGCUCCGGAAGUCGGAACCUCUUACCCCGGUUGAAGUGAAAGACAAACGUAGUAGAUGGAACUUGAAGAAAAAAUCCACACAACACAUAUCCGAAACACGAAAACUCCCUGACAUAGAAACACUGACAUCUCUCGUUGAAAUGGUCGACAAACAUAAGAAUCGAGUACAACAAGACGCUCGUCCAAAUAUCGGACAAAGGGAACUGUUUGUGGAUAGUACUAGUGAUUCGGAUAGCAGCAUGGAUGAAUUCCUUUCAAAACUUGACCAUUCAAAGAUCAAUGGACUUAUAAAUUUCUUUGCUGCUAUUGCAACCAAGAAACAUAGAAGACAAACUUACCGUAGGUCAAAUAGCGGAUCGACAAAUGAAUAUGCUGACUCAUCGGACAGCUCUCCAGUGCGUCCAAGACGACGUAAAGUAAAAUGUUCUGCUGCAAAGAAAACUAAAUCUCGAAGCAGCAGAAGUCGAAUGAUGGAAUCAGCAGACGUGCAUCCAAAUAAAAGACACGCAGUCCAAAUGGUAAAUUUUGGAUUUAUAGACGUCGAGCCAAGGUCACAAGACAGAGUGUACUCGCUUUCGGAGGGACAUUCUUCGGAUGAGCAGACGACAGCAGUGCGGCCUCGUUCCGCUAAAAUAGUUUACAGCUCGCAGACGACUCAUACCAGCCAAGAGAGAAAUGUAUUCUGUCCAAGAUGACAACCAUUUAAACCGAAGACUAAAAACAAGAAGAACUGUCUUAGAAGAGUCUUGUAGAAGCUUGAAUAAACAAUACAAUAUCAGAAGAAUGUCCGGAAACUGUCAGGAACUCUGCUGUGAAAGUCCAAUUCAUAAUGUUGAUUCCGGUCACGGUGAGGAAUCCGACUCAUCUACUGAUUUGGAUGCGGCAUUUGUGAUUAAAAAGAACGCUGGUGACGUCAUAAAUACGCGUCAAUAUAUCGAGACACCGGAACAUGGCCGCAUUUUCCAAACAUUUGUAUCUGAGAAGCAAGUAACAAGUUCUGCUAGGAAGCUAGUAGAGUACAGCAUUACUGAAGAUGAAUUGGAUGCCUCUGAAAUUAUCGAUAUAACUUCAACGUCCGAGACAGAGGAUGAGGACAGUGAGCAUUACAUGAAUGGUUGUCGGACAGAUAAAUUCGAAUUUGGAAUUAAAACAGAAAUAAGUGAAACCGAAAAUUGUGCAAUAUCCCAUAAUACGCAAGACGAGGUUGGAAAACGAAAUGAGUUAAAUCAUAAUGUUGCUGAUUUCAUAAAGUCAGUAUUUGGAAAGCAAGUGAUAAAUGAAGAUGAAGAAAUGAACAGUUUUAUGAAAUCUAUGGUCCUUGAUGAUUCAUCGUCAGACGAAGGGUUAAGCUCAAUGGGCAGUGAUUUAGAAAAAGAUGUUAGAAUACGAGUAUGACGUCUGAACUGUUAACCAUUUUAAAGUAGUUCACAUAUUGCUUAACAAUGUAAAAAACAAACUAAAAUUUAGAUUUGUUUUAUAAAAACAAAAACCGCCUAAGCAAAUAUUAAAAUCCAAUUUCCUGAUGCUCAUUCAGGUGAUAUUCAACAAAUUCUACUAUAUAUAGGUACCUUCUCCUAUUUUUUUCUCUCCUAUUGCUCAUUCUUGCUAUCUUUCUGUCUUGAGUCUCGUGUGACAUGAUAAUAGUCACGUGAUCUCCUACCAAUACCGCAUCUUACUAUAUGUAUAAUAUAUGUAUAUUUUUGUAACUAACUCAAUCUGUACAGUGGUAGAUACAUGUAUAUUCUAUAUCAUUAUAAUGUUAAAUUAUAUAAUAUAAAACUGCAUUGUAUAUCAUAAAUUUAUUUUCGUUUUAAAGUCGUAUAUAUGUACAUUGUAAUUUAAACUUACGCAUUAAGUGCUUAUGUAAAUAAAUACUGAUUAUAAACUCACUUCUUAGUUUGUUUUAUUUUCUACAAAUCCUUUAAAGCACCAUGUCUCCAGAUUCAUACUAUUUUUUAUGGAAAUUUUAAGUAAAGUAU